UUCCACUCCUUGAACAAGGCAAAGCCAAGCGCUUACACCAAAGCAACAAAACCACCAACUACAUUUCAGUCCUUCAUUCGAUAUCUUCGAUUUCGACUUUCUUCAGCAGGCCUGCUCUCAGCUGUACACAGAAACCCAUCUUUUUCGGACCUCGACGUUCUUUCUCGCACAAAAAACGCAACAUCUCAUCUCAGGAUACCCAACUUUCAACCCAUUAAAAUGAAGUUCUUCACCACUGCCCUGGCCAUGGCUGCCGUUGCCAACGCCCACACCCUCAUGUCCAAGCUGUACAUCAACGGCGAGUCCCAGGGUGAUGCUACCUGCAUCCGUAUGCCCAAGGAGGGAGACACCGCCACCUCCCCCGUUGCCGGUCUGACUAGCGACGACAUGGCUUGCGGCAAGGACGGCCAGAUCGCUGCCGCUUACACCUGCGCUGCCCCCGGCAACUCCAAGCUCACCUUCGAGUUCCGCCAGUGGCCCGAUGCCCGUGCCGAGGGCUCCAUCGACCCUUCCCACAGGGGUCCCUGCUCCGUCUACGUCAAGAAGGUUGACGACAUGACCACCGCCGCCGCUGGCCCCAACUGGUUCAAGAUCUGGGACGAGGGCUACGAUGAGUCCACUCAGCAGUGGUGCACCGACAAGCUCAUCGCCAACAAGGGUCUUUUGACCGUCGAGCUCCCCUCUGGCCUUCCCGCUGGUUACUACCUCGUCCGCACCGAGAUCCUCGCCCUCCACCAGGCCGUCAGCCUUCACGACCCCCAGUACUACGUCGGCUGCGCCCAGAUCCAUGUCUCUGAUGGCCCCUCCGGCGCUCUCGAGAUCCCCUCCCAGUACUCCGUCAGCAUCCCCGGCUACAUUGACGGCUCCGAGGCCGGCAACAACUUCAACCUCUACGACAACCCGCAGUACCCCUACCCCAUCCCCGGCCCCGAGCCCUACAGCCCCGUCGGCACCGCUUCCGCCAGCGCAAAGUCCACCUCCUUCGAGGGCGGCGUUCCCUCUGACUGCCUGAUCAAGAACGCCAACUGGUGCGGUAAGGCUCCCGAAGCCUACACCACCCAGACCGGCUGCUGGGCCGCUGUCGACGCCUGCUACGCCCAGGGCAACGUGUGCUUCGACUCCGCUCCUCCUACCGGCGCCGCCAACUGCUACGUCUGGAACGACAACAUGUGCAAGGGCAUCUCUGCCCAGUGCACGGCCGGCAACUGGCAGGGCCCUCCCACCAUCGAGAUGACCGCCAAGACCGUCGCCGCCCCCGGCGCCAUCCCCGCUGCCGUCAACCUAAACCUCCUCGGUGGCUCCGCCAACACCGCCGCCGCUGCCGUCGCCUCCGCUACCCCCUCCAAGACCGCUGUUGCCGCCUCUUCCUCUGCUCCCGCCGCUACUCCUACGGCUGAGUACGCCGCCGAGGACCCUAUCGCUACCAGCGCGCCCGCCGCCACUGUCGCCCCCGUGACUUCGGCCGCCCCCGUUCCGGCUUCCACCUCCGUUGCCGCCCCCGCCGCUCCUUCCGCCUCUGCUCCCGCCUCUGGCGCCCUUGUCCCCUCCACCGACGGUACCUGUGGUGGCAGCACCGGCUUCACCUGCGAGGGCAGCACCUUCGGCUCCUGCUGCUCCGCCGCCGGCAAGUGCGGCAGCAAGAUUCUGCAGUGCAGACCCUCUUGCGGUUGCCAGACCAAGUUCGGUCUCUGCCUCGAGGCCCGCAGCCUGACGAAGAGCAACUAA